CCGAUCUGGCAACCCUGGCCAUCACAACACAGCUGACUCGCUGAGGAGGAAUGUUGUGGUGACCAGUGUAGUGGGGAGUAGUGUUGUGGUGACCAUUGUUGUGGUGACCAUUGUUGUGGUAAAAAUUAGUGAAACAAAAUCUUCACCAUCCCUCCACACAAGUGCACCUAAUGUCCAGAGAGACGAAACAGCGGCACCACGGCGAGGAAUUGUUGCACACCAUGGACCAGGAGCUGAAGCCCGUCUACGCAAAGUACAGGCGUGAACUGAAGGUGUUGGGCAACGAAGAAGACAAGGAUGGUGGAGAUGGAACUGCAGAUGACAGAUCUUUAUGCUGUUCAUCAGGAGCAGGAACAGCCUGCAGGAAAUGUGCAUGAAGAUGGACUCAAGGGCGAGGACUGUAAAAAGCAAAAGUUGAAGGUGCCGAGGAGGAUCCUUCACUUCUCUGAUGGCACAUUGGAGGAGUACAGCACUGAUGAAGAGGAUGAGACUGAUAAUCGUCCAGAUACGCUUGCAUUAGUUGACCCGAAAAGCUUAAGGUGGGGACCAUGGCUGUAUUACUGGAUGCUGUAUACGGGGACAUCAGCGCUGUCUGCAUGUGAUUAUGUAGGCGAGGGUCUGGCCAACGUCUUGGGUAUUACAUCCCCAAAGUAUCAAUACGAGAUUGACGAGUACAAGAGAUGUGAGGAGGAGGAGAAAGCAGAGAGAGAGGAAACAGCUGCAGAGAUGGCUGGCUGGAUGACAACUGAGGCUGCAUCAAUAGUUGAUGGUGCCCAACCAAAGAUUGUUGUUUCUCCGGCCAUUCAGCAGCCACCAUCGCCAUCCCAUGCUAAAAAUCAGCAUGAUACUCAUCUACUUAGAGAAAAGAGUAGUGAAAUGGCAGAGGCAUCAUGUCAUGCAACCUCUAAUUCUUGCUCUCCUUCACUUGACACAAGUAAAGUAAAGGUCUGGAUGUCCAAGAUCAUGCCCAUGCCUCAAGACAUUCCAGACCACAAAGAUGAGGCUCCUCAGAAAAAAGCAGCAAAUGACUUGUCACAGUGUCAACGAUUCUAAUGACUGAGAUGACGGCAUCUUUAUCAUUCAGCCCCACCUACUGAAGGCAUCUUUAUCUUUCAGCCCCCAUGUACUGAAGAUGAAAACUUAGUUACUUAGUUAUCAAAUGAAAAAAAAAUAGAGGCAAAUAAAACAAUAAUGAGGUACUGUUUCAAGUUGUGAAGAGGGAAAGCUAUGUUUUUUUUUUUUUAUGGAACUGGGUUUAAGUUAUUAUUUUUAAAGAUAAAUAUGAAGGCUCUUCACAAAUUAUAUGAGACAAAGAGCCUAAUAAAGAUGCAAUUAAAAUAUUGUCAUCUCUCUUAACAAACUUGUUCUAGUUUCCAUUCUGUUUAGCAAUAGAUCAUUCAAACAUAAAAAUCAAAUUUUAACAAAGUGAACAUAGACUUUCCCUAGUGGUAGAAUUAUAAUAAAUAAGAACACUUUCAUUGUAUAUGCAUAUCAUGGUUGAUAAGAAUUAAUGCACAGUUUGUUAUACUUCUUACAAACUUGGGAGAGUACAGCCAUGAUAAUGGAGUACGAGAAGACCGAUCAGUGGCGAUGCCCAGCCACAGUUAAGGCGAUGCAUUGCAUGGCUCAACAGCAGCUUUAAAAAGUUUGGAUCUAUAUCUGCAACCAAAACCUUUAACCCUUCAUAUGAUCAUGACAAUCAGGGACAUUCACACCAUUUAUGAUCACACCUGCUCAAGACAUUGAGGGAUCUUUUAAUGUACUGCAUGAAAUUUAAAACUCCUGUGAGCACACAGGGCUCGAGCCCCCAGUAAAUGGGUACCAUCUUGGGGAAAAAAAAUCAUGGAGACUCAUCUUGGAUGUUAGGGAGCCGAGUGUUGAGAGUGCAACCAUGAGUAGGACAUGCAGCAGUAGCUCACAUCACUUCAGCUCAUGUCCACACCAUCACUUAAAAAUUAUAAUAAAUAAAUAACUAUGAUUAAUGAUAGUGUCAUAGAAAAUCCUGACUGGUUACCUUGAGGUGAUUUCAGGGCUUAGCAUUCCCACGGCCGAGUCCUCGACCAGGUUCCCCCUCCUCAUUGCUAGCCUGGUCAACCAGUCUAUGUACAUGGUUCAGAUAUCAGUAAAUACAAUGCUGGUUAUGAUGUUCACAGCAUGGGGCAGACAGCACAUAGCCACAGCUUGGUGUGUGUAUGUAUCAUGGAACUGGACCCCCCUUGUUCUUUUAGAAAAUGAAUUUUGUAAAAUGAUUCAGAUUCAGGAUUUUGAUAAUAGGAGUGUUAUGGAUAGUUAGCGGUAUGUGCAGUAUAUCGGGAGGCACUGCAUUAUUAGGUGGUGUCAGUAACUGACUUGCGUGCGGUGCCAUGCUUUGUUUAGAUUUCAAAGCACAAUUACAUCAAAUAAAUAAACCACCUCCACCAGAACUGCUUAGUGGUAUGUAAUGGUGCAUAAAAAUGUAGUUAUAAAUUAUGUGUAUACAGUGUUCAAAAAGUGCAAAAAAGUAUGUUUUUACUGUUCAAAAAAUAUAUUGUGCACAUAUUACUGUAGUGACAAAAAUACUGUAUAUUUGUGCAUACCUAUGUUUUGCACAUUCUGUGAUAUAAAUAACAUUAUUGAAAUCCCAAUGCCUCAUUACAGUUGAAAACAUAGUAAAAGCAUUAAAAAUACUAAAAAUAUAUAUAUAAUUUAUUCAAUGUGUACAGUUACAACUUUAUGCAAACUAUGUGGGUUUAGGAUGAACUGUGAUCACUGGUUCAUUAUUACUAUACCCACUAGAACUGCUUAAUGGUUCAUAAUGGUGUAUAAAAUAUAGAUAGUUACAUGGAUACACAAGUUACAUAUAAUAACACGAAAAACAUUGUGUUUGGGGUUAUAUGUAUUAUAUGAAACGUUAUCGAAGAAUAUAAAAUGGUGCGCAUACUAGUGACAUGAAUAUAUUUGAGCAUACGAAUGUUCCACACAUUUUAUUAUAUAAAUUUCUCGAAUUUCUAUUCAAUUUCUAUUGAAUAAUUUUACUGCAAAAAAAAAAAAGUGAAAAAGACACACCAGUGACAAUGAAAUAAAUAUGUAAAAAUUAUUUUUGUGGUAACUCCUGCCCCCAUGCCUGGCCCAGGGUAACCUCCAUUGGACAAUUGCUCCAUGAACACGUGAACUGUGACAUCAUCAUGAUUCCUUACUCCUGGAGGCUAAAGUAAGUCACAUAAAUUUUGUUAAUGUUUCCAUGGUCAGAGAAUUCAUUUUAACAAUUCUGUACAGACAACUACGUCCUUUCCAGACACCUCUUAUCUUGAUAUGCCUGUUACUCAUUUUAGGUUUGUCCAAAUAUAAUUGUGCAAUAAACUAGUGAGACGAGCAGUCGGUCCAAAUAAAAAAUGUGUGAUUUAGUGGAGUGUGGGAGUGGUACAAGUACUCUACAUCUGAGGGUACCUCAUCAGUCUUGUCCGACUCUCAGGCUGGACAGGCUGCACAGACUGCCAGAGACAAUGUUGGACAAGCAGAUGAUGAUUACAUGUCUCAUUCCUGUUCAACCCUUCCCCCUUCCACAGCUCGCUCCAUAUGACUGUUAACACCUGCUGUAGGAUGAUGUAACAUCAUAUGCCUUAAGUUGUCAUACCCCCAUAUUUUCUUGUAAAUAUAUAAAUGAAUAAAUAACCAAACAAAUAUAAAGUUUGUUUUGUUAUUUACAAUUUGUUACGUUAGCAAGCAUGUUCCGCACCACCUCAAACCCUCCUACCAUUAACCACCCCUCCCCGAUCCCUCCCCAACUAGGGUUACUGUAAACCUGUGGGCUCGUACCAGUUGUGUCCAUCUGUAGUUUACCGAAGAUGUGUAAGAUCCACCACUCUCACAGCGACACCACUCACACACUUUUUACCCAGUGGCUCUUUUUGGUUGCUUUAACAUCAAAUGUCAUCAGUGGAUGAUGUAAGAUUGACGUUAAAGCAACCAAAAAUGUCCACUGUACAUGCCUAUGUACAACACCCAUACAUGUUGGCACCUGUAUGCAGGCACUCGUAUGCAGGCACUCAAAUGGCAAUACCCACACACACAUGGUAAUACCCAUACCUAUAUGACAUUACCCACACAGCAAUACCUACUCCCACAUGGCAAUACCCACACCCACAUGACAAUACCCACACCUGCAUGCCAGUACCUAUAGCCUUGUGCAAAUACCCACACCCAUAUACUAAUAUCUACAUCCACAUUCAAAGACCUCCCUCCCACUCGAAACACCCUGCAUCCACACCUGAUUCUCCCAACACCCACAGUCACUGCCCACACCCACACCUACUCCCAACACCCCCACACAAAUUUUCAGAGCUUCUCAUAAUCAUGAGUAUAACAUAAAAUAAUGGAGGAUUUCCCCGUCAAUUUGUCAAGUAUCCCAUAUAUUUUCUGGACAACUAACUGCUUAUCCCAACACAACCAGUUACUUGUCCUGUCUUGGUCCCAAGGCAUCCUGAAAGCAUGUGGUUAUGUAUAUUAGAGAGAAAAUCAAUUUUGGAAUUUUUUAUUGUGGCCUGGUCAGAGACCAGGCUGUUGGGACCUUGAUCUCCGGAAUCAAUGCAAGGUAACCACACCAGGGUAUUGUCUCAUAAAGAUGGGCACAGUCGAAGGGUUAAAGUUAAAAUUUUGAUGACCUAUAAACACACUUGUAAACACUGAGCAGUGAAUUUGUGUGUGUGUGUGUGUAAUUAGUGUAAAUGAAAUAUACUUGAAGGUUAAAAAAAGAUUCUGAGUUAGAAACAAAGUAAAUUUUGACCUUAAAUCAUAUGCCUGAUUUGAUCUGACCUGAUCUAAUGUAAUGUAAUAUCAUCUGAUCUAUCAUCUGACCUAACCUGACUGGUGAAGAAAGUGUGUUCAAGAUAAUUUGAGAAGAGGAAAGCUAGGAGGAAGGUGGGUUAACAUGGUGAGUGUGGAUAACUCUCGAGACAUGGUAAGGAACAAGGCUGGGUGGAAGUGGCUUGUAUAAACGGAGUGAAUAUAUUUGUAUAUAAACUACAUGACAAUUCAUGAGGAGCACUUAUUAACUCUUGGGUGGGUCACAAUUCUUGGCUCUAGGCCACCACACUGCACAAUUCUUAAAAUGUUUGACAAAUAAGAUAAGCUAGUGCUUUGUCAAUGAGUUUAAAAUAUUAAAAAAAAAAAAGUCUAUGCUGGAUUUCAAAUUAAUUCAAUUCUGCUAAUGGUGUAUUGGUCCAUAAAAUAUGGAUGAAGUUACCUUUAAUUUUGCAUUUCAUUUCUUGCAAGAUUGAAGAAAAACAUAAUAAAUGUGAAGAAAUUAUUAAAAAAAUUCAAACAUAUUUUGAAUAAAUAUUUUUUGAGUGCCACAUGCUCCAAAAUUCUUCUAAUUAUUUAAAUGUAUUUUAUAUAUACAUGUAAUAGGUUUUUAUCAUUUAAUUAGGUUAUAAUAACCCAAGAGAUGCCACUUGUUGAUAAAUAAAGGGAUUUAUAAUCAAAAUCCAAUUUCCUUGUGGUAAAUUUCUGUAGUGCAAGUUUCACAUGAAAUAAGUAUGAUCUGUCCCAGAUAAACCAAAGAACAGUAUGUCAUAAAGUAAGCCUUUCAGGGAUUGAACUUUGCUCUUUGGUACCGCCUCUCAAUCAUCAAUCAACUGGUGUAGAGGUUCCCGAGCCUAUUGGGCACUAUCAUAUCUCCAUUUGAAACCUUAUAGUCUGUCUCCACUGUUUUGUGCACGCAUGUGUGCGUGUGUGUGUGUGUGUGUGUGUGUGUGUGUGUGUGUGUGUGUGUGUGUGUGUGUGUGUGUGUGUGUGUGUGUGUGUGUGUGUGUGUGUGUAAUUACCUGUGUAGUUACAUGAGAGCUGUGCUUGUGGUGUCACAUCUUCCCGGUACUCUAUCAUAUAAUGCUUUGAAACUACUGAAGGUUUUGGCUUCCGCCACCCUCUCACUCAACUUGUUUGAAGAAUCUACCACUUUGUUUGCAAAAUUGAACUUUCUAAUGUUUUUUCGGCAGCUUUGCUUCCUUAGUUUAAAAGUAUGUUCCCCUAGUUCUUGAAAUUGCAGUUUACAAAAGUUCUUCUUUGUCAGUUUGUCGAUUCCUGUUAGUGAUCAUAUCAUAUCUCUCUUUUUUUUCUUCUAUCUUUGGCAUAUUGAACACCUCUCAUCUCUCCUCUUAACUCUUGCUUUUUAGUUCCAAAAACCAUUUAGUUACUGUACAUGUCUUUGCACCAUUUCCAAUUGAUAUGCUUCUUGAGAUAUGGGUACCAUACAACUGCUGCAUAUUCUAAUUUUGGUCUCAAAUGUUCACAAUUUCUUUAAUAUUUCACUAUCUACAUGCAGGAAUUAAGAGAUUCGAAAGUUGAAAAGUGUAGCAUUCCUCACACAAUAUUCUUCUUGUGAUCCUCGGGUGACAGUUUUCUAUCCAGAACCACCUCUAGAGCUCUUUAUCAGAAUUCUAAGUUUUUUCCUCAUAAUUUGUAGGUUGUGUGUAGUCUGUUUUCUCUUAUUCCACAUUCCAUAACAUGGCAUUUAUUCAGAUUAAAUUACAUUUGCCAAGCGUUACUCUAUACACUUUGUCCAGGUAUUCUUGUUAGGCAUAACAAUCAUCAAAGUUUCUUAUCUUCCCUAGUAACUUGGCAUUAUCAGUAAACAUGGUCAUAUAAUUCUGUAUACUUUCUGGUAUACUGUUUAUAUAGACAAUGAACAUUACUGGUGCUAAUCAUGAACCCUGUGGUACUCCACUAGCAACACUUCUUCAGUCUAAUAUUAGCCUCUCAUUACUGCCUUCAUUUUUCUAUAAAAAUAAAUUUCAUCCAUGUCUGAAGUGUAGUUACGGGGUGAGAGCUACAAUCGUGCUGUCCCAUCUUCCCAGUACUCUUGUCAUAUGACUCUUUGAAACUGCUGAUAUGUUUGCCAUCCACCACAUUCUCAAAUAACUUGUUCCAACUGUCUACCGCUCUGUUUGCAAAAACGAGAACUUUAUAAUAUUUUUUUUGUCAACUUUGCAUCUUUAGCUUGAAUUUAAUCCCUCUUGUACUUGAUGUUGCAGUUUCAAAAAACCCUUUUUGUCAAUUUUGUUGAUUCCUGUUAUAGUA